AUGGCGAGCAGCCUGGCGUGUAUGGCCGCCAUCGUGGCCAUACUCGUGACGACAAAGGACCGACCGUUAAGCGAAUGGGACUUCUACUUCAGCAUCCCCGCCACGCUCGCCUUCUUGGGGUUGAUAGCCAAGUCCACGGCGGCCAUCGGCGUCGGCGCAUGCAUCAGCCAGUACAAAUGGCUCUACUUCAAGCGCAAGCCGCGCAAGCUGACCGAUCUCGACCUGCUUGAGGAAGCCAGCCGGGGGCCGCUGGGGUCGCUAAUUCUCCUGGCCAGACGGCCGAUGGGGCUGGCGAGCAUCGGCGCCAUAGUCACUCUGCUCGCAAUGGCCGUCGAGGUCUUCGUUCAGCAGAUGGUCCAGUUCAAUCCGCGUGACGUUGUCUUCGAUGACGGAAAGGCCGUCCUUGGCCUCGCACACACUUACAACGGGGGCGCGAGGCCAAUCGGCGUUGUGACUACGAUUGAUAGUCUCAGAGCCUCCACCGCCGAUAGGUCGAUGCAAGGAGCCGUAUAUAGAGGGUUAUUCAACCUCGACUCUCCCUCUGUUUUUGACUGCGCCUCGAAAUGCCAAUGGACCGGCACAUAUGUGUCGCUUGGCUUUACCAGCACCUGUGCCGACGUGACGGACGCGACUCUCCGAAGUCAUACAAAUGCGUCCGCGACAUGGAACGGCACCAGCUCGGGCCGCCAAGAAGACAUGAACCUGAUAACCCCCGGCGGUGUCAAUCUAGAAGCGGUUUAUUCGGCCACUUCAUGGCAAACAGUCGUCAGCGUCGGUGGCCUCUCUCGCAUCAGCUCCGACCAAGUCUCUAACGCUUCCGGCGAUGAACCCGUCCUGAUGCCUCCCGAUAUCGCCCGCAUUGCGGUGUUCAGGACACCAGUCGACGCAACAGACUGGAUCAUCUGGGCGGACAAGAUGGAAAUCGUCGAAUGCGACGUCGAAGUGGCAGCAUACCGCUACUCCAACCUGUCGUCUUCGGGCAGCGAGCUGACCAUCGGGGACGUCGAAAUGGUUCGUCUCGACCCAGGCACCGUGACCAUAGACGGGAUCCACGCAGACAUGCUCAUGUUCGAUCAGCCGGGGCUUCCCGUGCUGCAGGCCCGCCUCCCAGACAUCGCGGCCCUGGCGCAGCUCUAUGCGUCGACCCGGUUCAUUGGCAGCAUCUACGACGGCGAGACCCCGCCGCUCCCGCCCGGUGGUCUAGGCGAUGCCUUCCGGUCGGGCAACAUCUCCCGCACCAUGCAGGACAUGGCGAACAGUAUGACCGACCAGCUGCGAGCGAGCCGGGAGGUCAAGGGUGACGGGCAGAGCAUCCGGCAGGUGGUGUUCGUCGAGGUCGAGUGGGGUUGGAUCAUACUCCCCAUCGCCGUGCAGGUCAUCUCGGCCGCGUUCCUGCUUCUGAUCCUGGUCCAGAGCGCGCGGACCAAGGACCUGCCGCUGUGGAAAUCGUCCACCACCGCGCUGUUGACGUACGAUGUCAGGUUCAGCGAGGACGAGAACGGGGUGGGCAACCUGGGAACUGGGGUUAAGAGUCUAAAAGAGCUAGACGCGUUGGGCGAAUCCGUCAAAGCGAGGUUGGAGUUAGCCCAGCAUGGAUCAUCCACCGCAACAGCGCCCGAUGAUAGCGGCAGCCCGAGCAUAAAGGGGCUGGAGGCUCAUGUCUACCCCGUCAACACCAGAUAG